GUAGUCUCUCCCGAGUCCGAGCCGUCGGCCAACCGACGCACACCCGGAUUCCGGCGGCCGUCGUACGACGUUGCGCUGCUCUGUCCGUUACCCCCUAUCACGCACUCACCGACACAUUAUAAACACACACGUUCGUAAAAAAAAAACUUCACAUCCGCACGCAAAAAACACACUAUCGCAUCGUAUUCACGCGUUCGUAUGUAAAUCAAUUCGUUUUUGUAUUGUUUUUCCUACAAUAUUUAUUAAAGUUUCAAUCGGUUAGUGUUAUCAACCGGCGUGUACGCACCGAUGAACCGUCCGGCCGCCGUCCGUCCAUAGGGCCGCAUCGGUCCGCCGCGUGCGUGGCCGUUUCGCUUUUCCGGUCCGUCGUCCGCCGCCGUUGCCGGCCACGGUGGUGGUGGUCGUCGUCCAGUCGCCGUCGUCCCCACCGCCGCCAAACCAUCGUCGACGGGUCUAUGCUCACUUAGGUUGUAAUGGGUGCGCCGGAAGACCCUGGCUGCCAUGUUGGACAGACGGAUGCACGCAGCACUCGAUCUGCACGACACACAUGCAAAUCGCCGGCAAUGCACGCGCAGUCGGCGCCCAGUGGCUUCAGCUGCUGCGAUAGCUGAGGUGGCGGCGGCGUUGGUAAGGCGCCGGUGGCGGCCAGCACCAUGGUGUCGCCCGCAGGAUGAAGAAGCAAAACGUCCGCACAUUAUCGUUGAUCGUUUGUACGUUCACCUAUCUGCUCAUCGGUGCCGCUGUUUUCGACGCUUUGGAGUCCGAGACGGAGAUACGCAGGAAACACACACUGGACGCCGUCGAACGGAUGAUCAAGACCAAGUACGGGAUCAAGCCAGACGAUUAUCGACUGUUGGAGACGAUAAUAUACAAGUCGGAACCGCACAAGGCCGGCCAACAGUGGAAAUUCGUCGGAGCAUUUUACUUCGCCACCACGGUUCUCACGACCAUAGGGUACGGACAUUCGACGCCAAACACGACGGCGGGAAAGCUGUUCACAAUGUUCUACGCGAUGGUGGGCAUCCCUUUGGGCCUGGUCAUGUUCCAGAGCAUCGGCGAGCGGCUGAACAAGUUCUCGUCGGUAGUGAUCAGACAAGUAAAACGAGGGCUGGGCUGCAGGCACAUCGAGGCCACCGAGACCAAUCUAAUAUUCGUAGUUUCAUUCCUAUCCACCCUGACCAUAGCAGGUGGUGCGGCAGCGUUUUCCGCCUACGAAAACUGGCCGUACUUUGACUCGGUUUACUAUUGCUUUGUCACGCUCACCACCAUAGGGUUCGGCGACAUGGUGGCCUUGCAGAAGAACAACACGUUGAACGAGAAACCGGAGUACGUUGCGUUCACGCUAAUCUUCAUUCUGUUCGGUUUAGCCAUCGUGGCCGCCUCGCUGGAUCUGUUAGUGCUCAGAUUCGUCACCAUGAACACGGAGGACGAGCGGCGGGAUGAAGCCGAGGCGUUACAGGCGGCUCAAGGAGCUGUGCGGUUGGAAGGCGACGUGAUCACUGCCCAUGGGUCAAUGUCCAGCUUACCGUUGGGCAGCUUCCGGGUGGUAAGGAUGAGCGGUAAGCGCUCGAUGUCGCCCGACGACAACACGUCGGUAUGCAGUUGCAGCUGCGACCGGUGGGCGUCCAACGGUAACCGCACGUACAUGCCCAAUUCCGACAUUGUCGGCGACAUGGGCACCAACGUGCAGCACAUACCGCUGGAGACUUUCUACGACGUGGGCUGUCCCCCCGACGUGGUGUGCCACCAUCAGGAAGACCAGCCGCUGCGCUAUCGCCACCCCCGCUCGUCUAUUUGACGUCUGUUCGCCGGCAACGCCGUGGUCAGGGGCGGUUACGCAUACAGGCCGUUCGCGUGAACGGCAACUGUGGACACCAAAGCUCAACGACGACGCGCGAGACAGAACGUCGUAAUCAUAAUAAUAAUAUUACACGUCGAACAUUGGCAUUAGGGAACUACGCGAACGAGUCCGUUUUUUUUUAAGGUUUAUCCGAACAAAUCGACCUAACCAGUCGAACAAUAAUACAUAGUAUAUUUAAUAUAUAACCACUUCGGUUCGACGGUUAGAUGGACUCAACCGGAAUCGGUCCGAAGACUAAUCUCUACGGUCUCCGCUCUAGUGUUAAUAUAUAUAUAUAUACUGACAAUUUUGAACCGGAUUAACAUUUUGGAUAUAUUUUUUGAUUUGAUUUUUGCCUUAUUCCAAGUAUAAAAAUAUUUUGAAAAUGAUUAUAGGAUCGGCCAUGUAAGUAGAAACGAUACAACUGUUGUUUCAAAUCGAAAAAUAAUUGUAUAUUAUCGGUUAUGUUAUUAUACAAUAUCGUUAAGAACAAACAUUUUAUAGCAUUUUUACGGAUUUUACUAUUAUAAACUUACAAUAUUUCAUCGGUUUCUACUAGAACACAGUAGAAGACAAUAUUAUUAUUACACUACGCCUAUACCUACGUCGUGUAGGCGCGAAUUUUUAACAAAUAUGAAUUAUUAUUAUGUACACCUUUACACUGUGUAUUAGCAUACAGAAACGUUGUGACAUUAUACAUAAUAUAUUGUAUUAUAUUAUGUAUAACGGUAGAUUAAACAACACAACAAUAAUAUGUAUAGGUGUCUAUAACAACUCUGCCGUUAAAAAUGUAUCGUUUCGUUCGAUAUUUACAUUUUGUUGUAAUUUUUUUGAAUAAUUUUUAUUAAAUAUAAAAAAAACACUCUAAUACCGGUUUGCGUCGUCAACUUUUUCCCGUUUUAAUAUUAAUUAUUAAUAAUACAAAAUAAUAAAUACUUGAAUAAAAUUAUAUUACAAUAAUUUUGUGUAAAAAUUACUUAGGU